UCCUCCGGGAGGCCCCUCCGGGCCUGCGCCUCGGUGCUUCCCGGCAGGAGCCGGUGUAUCCUUACACUCCGGGGCUGCCCAUGGGGCCCCGCUCCGGGCUCCCACCCAGGAGCCCCCCCGCCGGCUGGGCACCGCCGUCCCAGCACCGAGAGGAGGUUGGUGCAAGGCCCUGUGUGGGCGAUGCCACCCCAGCACAGCCUCCCUCUCCGUCCCCCGGGGUCCUCCCGAGCUCAGCAGGGCCGGCCUGACCCAGUUCCUCCGGGCUGAGACCCCACAGACUCAUUCCACUGAUGGCCAGCUGGGCUUUCGAGAUCGGGUCCACCCCCUCCAAAGCCCGGGCUCUGCCCCCGCUCCCGCCCCCCCCCAACCCCCGGGGCAGGCACCCCGGUCCUCCGCGGGACCCCGGCCCUGCUCGGUGUGUGGCCCCCACCGCCGGGCGGCGGCGGGGCAGGUCCCGGCCGGCUCCGAGCGCUCCGCGGGCAGAGCCGCACCUCGGGGAGGGGCCGGGCCGGGCAGGCGCGUACGGUGCCGGGGACCGGGGCUGGCCCGGCGGCACGGCGCGGUGCGGGGCGGUGGAGCCAGCGGAGCGGCCGGGUACCGGGCGCCGGAGCCGGGUCCCUGGAUGCCCCGCUCGGCGCCCGCACUGCGGUGCAGGAUGGGUGCUGCGGCAGGAUGGGUGCUGCUGGCCCUGCUCCCCGCAGCUGGCGGACAGACCACCCCCCCCUCGGGCUGCGGCAAGGACCUCUCCUCCCUUUACUACAACCUCUGCGACCUCUCGGCGGCCUGGGGCAUCGUGCUGGAGGCUGUGGCCAGCCUCGGCGUGGUGACCAGCUUCGUGCUCACCAUUGUCCUGGUGGCCAGUUUGCCCUUCGUACAAGACUCCCAGAAGAAGAGCCUGGUGGCCACGCAGGUCUUUUUUCUUCUGGGCACCUUCGGGCUGUUCUGCCUGACAUUUGACUUCAUCGUGGGGCCGGAUUUCUCCACCUGCGCCUCCCGCCGCUUCCUCUUUGGCGUCCUCUUUGGCAUCUGCUUCUCCUGCCUGCUGGCGCAUGCCGUGGCCCUCAACUUCUUGGCACGGAGGAACCAGGGCCCGCGGUGCUGGGUGACACUAGCAGUGGCCCUGCUCCUCGCCUUGGUGGAGGUCAUCAUCAAUGCCGAGUGGCUCAUCAUCACGGUGGCGCGGCAGGAGGGCAGCUCCCCGGACCCAUGCCGGCUGGAGGACGCUGACUUCGUCAUGGCACUCAUCUACGUCAUGUUCCUGCUGGUGGCUGCCUUUGGCACCGCCUGGCCAGCCCUCUGCGGCCGCUAUGGCCGCUGGCGCAAGCACAGCGCCUUCAUCCUGGCCACCACCAGCCUCUCCAUGGCCAUCUGGGUGGCGUGGAUGGCCAUGUACCUCUACGGGAACCGGCGCGCGGGCGAGAAGCCUGGCUGGGACGACCCCACGCUGGCCAUUGCGCUGGUCUCCAAUGCCUGCGCCUUCCUCCUCUUCUACGUCAUCCCCGAGGUGACGCACGUGACGCGGCGGAGCCCCGAGCAGGCCUUCGAGGAUGACAUCUACCCCACGCGCGGGGUGGGCUACGAGACGAUCCUCAAGGAGCAGAAGUCGCAGAGCAUGUUUGUGGAGAACAAAGCCUUCUCCAUGGACGAGCCCUCCUUCGGCAAGAAGCCGGUGUCCCCAUACAGCGGCUACAACGGGCAGCUGCUGACCAGUGUCUACCAGCCCACCGAGAUGGCUCUGAUGCACAAGGGGCCGACCGAAGGACCCUACGACGUGAUCCUGCCCCGCGCCUCCACCGCCAGCCCGGCGGCCGGUAGCGCCAGCUCCACGCUGCGAGCCGAGGACGCCUUCGCGGCACAGGCCCGGCACGCCGGCGCCCAGCGGGACAGCAGGAGCUGCCAGGUGCAGUCCCCGUACGGCAGGAACCGGUGGUGAAGACCCCGCACACCGCGGCCCCGCCGUCCCGCUCCUGAGGUCUCGCCAAGCCUCGUCCCACCCCGCCGCGUACAUCCCAUCCCGUCAGGCAGCCGGAGCUGGUUCCUGCGCAGGGGAUGCCCGGACACCAUCCCAGAGCCAGCGCUCCUGCCUGUCCCUCCUCCUGGCUGUGGCACCCACAAGCUGCCAGCUCUGCCCGGACCCCCGCGUCCCUGCUGCCAUCCCUGCCGCAAGGACCAGUUCCCACGGGGCCACCCCAGGUCAUCCCCUCGCUGCCUUCGUGAUGCAUGGACACCCCGUCCCUCCCAUGCCAGGGACCAUCUGCCGCCGGGGAGCCGGUGGGACUCCUGCCCGGGGCUCCCCCCGGUGCUGAGCCCCCGGUUUCACGCUGACCCUCGCCAGUGCCGGGGACGUCACAGGCCCUGAGCUGAGCCAGCACCGUCCCACCACAGGGCACAAGGUGACACAAAGCUCUCCCCAGCCCUGGCUCCCACUGUGCCUCGGUUUCCCCAUUGCCAGGGAAGGGGGGGCUGCUCAGGGUCCGGGGGAUCAGUGCCUUGCUGGGGCUGGGGACCCAGCCCCCCACAGCUCCAGCCACCUUCUUGUUGCCUUUCCCCCUCGGGGCCCGGGAUCCAGCCUGGGGAGCAGGGAGGGAGCUGGGCCCCUCGCCCUCCUCGUGGCUUUCUCCGUCGUUCUUCCUCUUCCCC